UUGCUUUUAAUAGUCAGCGACAGUAACACUGGGUUGGCUACACUGAGCAGUAUAAGGAUACAUAUUUUGUAAAACAUAUUCGCAUGCAUCAUGCAAAUUUCUUUGAACCUUUGAGUUCGUGACUUUUGAUUGAAGGGGAAAUGUUCCACUUACCUGUAAGCAAUUAUCUCGACCGAAAGCUACGCAUGUUCCACAUCGAUGUCAUUCCUUGAUCCACAUUUGACACAAGUAGUUUGUGGAAAAUCGCAAUGCAUUUCUAACGAAUAUGGGAUUUGCCAUCUUAGAAAUUCUAGCUUUGUGUUCCAAGCAAAAGCAUUUAAUUCUAGGCAGACAUCUGCAGUGACAAAACAUGUUCUGGAGAAGUUGUCUCCUGCUGGCAGCGAGUGUCAAAUUAUCUUUUGGAAUAUCGUAUCAUCACAACACAAGCUUGAUUCUUUCUCCUAGAGAUUCUGGAGGUUGGGGAUCAUCAGGCUGGGGAGGAUCUGGUUGGGGGGGAUCGGAACAUGGAGUUCACUCGUUCUUUGAUAUUGCCCUCACAGCUUUGGCUUUCAUGUCAUUUGGGAUAUUUCUACUUAAUUUAUUGAUGAAUGCUUUAUUUCUUACAACAACUCAAGGAUUAACAUCAACAGGUCCGAUUAUUACGAGUAUUGACACUGGUACUGGAGGUGGGACUGACGGCGAAACCACUGUUGCACCUGCCUCAACCUUCAUUUAUAUCAGAAAGAAGCGUGCUGCGAUGCUGGAACUGAGCGUUGACAGAGCGUCUGCUGCGAAUGCGUUGGCCGCAACGGUUCUGAAAUCUAUUGAUGCAAUGAUUUCGAAAUACGAAUGUCUUCCAAAAGUAUUUUGUGAAGGAAAUCGGCAGGGGAAGGUCAUAGGUUAUGGAUUUCAGUACUCCAUGCCAUUAUUCAGCUUCAGCUCGUCCUUUAUUGGGGAAAAGUUAGGCUUGCAUAAAAAAUUAACAGAACAUUUGGAUGCCAUUUUGCAUGGACUUGCAGAAUCUAAUUGCAAGUCUCAAUUUUCCCAAUGUUCUCAAUAACUUUGUUUGACUAUUUAUAUUAUACUUAUGCUAUACUAUAUGCUAGUAAAAUGCCCAAAUAAUAAUAAAUCUAA